AUGGACCCGUCCGAUAAAAUGGCGUCCAAAGACACGAUCGUGAAAGCAGAGAAAAAUCCAGAUUCUGGAAGUGAUUUUGAUGACGACGAUGAUCCAGACAAAACUGAAGUUCCGGGUGGAGGAAAAGACUUGGCAACUGCAGCAACUAUUAAGUCAACCUUUGUCGAUGAAAAGCCGCCUAGUACCAGUAUUAAUACUAAUUUAACCAAACCUUUAGAACCAACAUCUAAAAUGAAUGCAAAUAAUAUGGGCUAUCCGAAAAAUAUGGGUGGUAUGAAUAAUUGGAUGGGAGCCAUGAUGGGAAAUCCUUUUAUGAAUUUGGCACAAGGCUCUUCAAAUAUGAAUAACAUGAUGUUUCCUCAAAAUAUGCCUUAUCCAGGAAUGAUGCCUCCUAAUAUAAAUCAAGCUCAAUUUUUACAAGGUAUGGGUGGUGGUGGAUCAGCUGGAAUGAUGGAUGGCAAUGCUGCAACAAAUUUUCUUUUACAAGCAUUAAUGAGUAAUGGUGGCAAUAAUGCUGCCUUGAUAUCACAACUACUGAGUUCAGGAGGACCUGCUGCAUCUAUGCUGUUACAAAAUAUAAUGCAACAACCAUUUACCCAACAAAAUUUUCCAAUGGCACCUAAAAAUGUAUCUCCAUAUUGGUACAAUCAAUCGAUGAAUAAUAAAAUGCCUAGUGGUGGUGGGCGUACUGGAGAAGAUGAAGAAGAUAAUGAGGAUGAGGAUAUGGGAGUUGCUGAAACAUAUGCUGAUUAUAUGCCUUCCAAAUUAAAACUUGGUAAGAAACAUCCUGAUCCAGUAGUGGAAACAGCAUCAUUGUCAAGUGUUGAACCUGCGGAUGUGAAGUAUGAAUUAUCAAUUCCAAUGGAUACCAUAAAUUCUGGAUCUCUUUCGGCUCUUCAGUUAGAAGCUAUCACUUAUACAUGCCAACAGCAUGAUCAUAUUUUACCUGAUGGUUCAAGAGCUGGUUUUCUUAUUGGUGACGGUGCUGGUGUUGGUAAAGGUCGAACAAUUGCUGGAUUAAUAUUUGAGAACUUUGUAAAAGGUCGCAAGAAAGCCAUUUGGGUUUCAGUAUCUAAUGACUUAAAAUUUGAUGCCGAACGAGAUUUAUCUGAUAUUGGAACAACAAAUAUUAAAGUGUAUUCUCUAAAUAAGUUUAAAUAUGCCAAAAUUAAUUGUCCAACAAAUGGUAAUGUAUCUAAAGGAGUUAUAUUUUCUACUUAUUCGGCUCUCAUUGGUGAAUCAAGUGGUGGAGGAAAAUACAAAAGUCGCUUGAAGCAAUUGUUGAACUGGUGUGGUGAUGAUUUUGAUGGAGUUAUUGUUUUUGAUGAGUGCCACCGUGCUAAAAAUCUUUGUCCAACUGGUUCUACAAAACCUACAAAAACUGGAUUAACAGUACUUGAGCUACAAAAUAAAUUGCCCAAUGCUCGAGUAGUUUAUGCAUCAGCUACUGGUGCUUCAGAACCUCGAAAUAUGGCUUAUAUGGUGCGUUUAGGUAUGUGGGGACAAGGGACAGCAUUUCCAGAGUUUCUUGAUUUUAUUAAUGCAGUUGAAAAACGUGGUGUUGGUGCUAUGGAAAUAGUUGCAAUGGAUAUGAAGCUUAGAGGCAUGUAUAUUGCUAGACAAUUAAGUUUCCAUGGUGUAUCUUUUAAAAUUGAUGAAGUACCUCUAUCUCCGGAGUUUACUAAUGUCUAUGACAAUGCUGUAAAAUUGUGGGUGGAUGCAAUGCAUAUGUUUCAAGAAGCAGCAGAACUAAUUGAUGCAGAGAAUCGCAUGAGAAAAACUAUGUGGGGUCAAUUUUGGUCCUCCCAUCAAAGAUUUUUUAAAUAUUUGUGUAUUGCAGCAAAAGUUAAACACGCAGUAGAUGUGGCUAGAGAAGCAAUAAAACAUGGAAAAUGUGUAAUUAUUGGAUUACAAUCUACAGGGGAAGCCCGAACUCUUGAACAACUGGAAAAAGAUGAUGGAGAGCUAACUGAUUUUGUAUCCACUGCAAAAGGUGUUUUACAGUCUUUAGUUGAAAAGCAUUUCCCUGCUCCAGAUCGUAAUAGAAUAAAAAAACUACUAGGAAAUGUUGGCAUUGAAUUAAAACAUUCCAAACAUCAUAAUGGUGAUUCUCAAGGACCUAGUAGCUCUAGUGGAGGCGGAGAAAAGAGAAAAUCAGGCCGACAAGCAUCUUCGAGACAUGUAAAACGUGCCAAAGAUUCAAGUGAUUCUGAUUCAAAAUCUGAUAAUGAUGAUUCCGAUUUUAAAAUGUCAGAAUCUGAGUCUGAAAUUAGUGAAGAACAUAGCGAUGAUUCCGAAGCAAGCAGCGACUUUAAUCCAUUUGGUGAAGAUGACACUGACAGUGAUGAACCUUGGGCAGCUGGUAGAGCAAAAAAACGUAAAAAUAAAGUUCCCGCUAAAAAGAAACAAACAGCAAAAGACAAAAUCCAUCAAAUUGUAUUAAAGUCAAGCAUGGCUAAUAAUAGCCACCAAAAAGAUGCUAUUGACCGUGCUUGUAGUAUGAAAGAAGAAUUGAUGGAAAGGAUUGAGAGAUUAGGAGAUAAAUUGCCACCAAAUACUCUUGAUCAGCUAAUUGAUGAACUUGGUGGGCCUGAAAAUGUUGCUGAAAUGACAGGAAGAAAAGGUAGAGUUGUUCAAACAGAUGGGGGUAUACAAUAUGAAUCUCGCUCUGAAGUUGACGCACCUUUAGAAACAUUAAAUGUUAUUGAAAAACAAAGGUUUAUGGAUGGUGAAAAGGAUGUAGCUAUCAUAUCAGAAGCUGCCAGUUCUGGUAUAUCAUUACAAAGUGACCGAAGAGCCCGAAAUCAACGCCGUAGAGUACACAUUACCUUAGAAUUACCUUGGAGUGCUGAUAGGGCUAUUCAGCAAUUUGGUCGUUCUCAUCGUUCUAACCAAGUUAAUGCUCCAGAAUAUAUUUUCCUAAUAUCAGAUUUAGCUGGGGAAAGACGUUUUGCAUCUAUAGUGGCCAAACGAUUAGAAAGUCUUGGUGCUCUCACGCAUGGUGAUCGAAGAGCAACUGAAACACGAGAUUUAUCAAAGUUUAAUAUUGAUAAUAAAUAUGGCCGUGCUGCUUUAGAAACCACAAUGAAAACUAUUAUUGGUUAUGAGAGUCCUAUAGUACCACCCCCAGAAGAUUACAAAGGACACUUUUUUGAAGAUGUCGGCGGUGCUCUUGUAGGUGUUGGUAUGAUUAUCAAUAAUGAAGCCAGUCCUGGUAACUUAACAUUAGACAAGGAUUACAACAACAUAAGCAAGUUCCUAAACCGUAUCCUUGGUAUGCCAGUUGAGCUUCAAAACAGACUGUUUAAAUAUUUCACCGAUGUACUACACCAUAUUAUAACACAAGCAAAAAAAUCUGGUCGCUUUGAUUUGGGAAUCUUGGAUUUGGGUACUGCUGGUGAGAAUGUGAAACGAGUAAAAAUGUAUACGUUCCUUAGAAAACAUGCCACUGGUCAAGCUACUACUGAACUUCACAUUGUACAUGUUGAAAGAGGUAUGAGUUGGGAUGAGUCUGUAGAAAGGUGUAAGGAAGCCAAAGCACCUACUGAAGGAUAUUAUCUUUCACAUCAGAUAAGAAACAAUAAAAGUACCGCAGUACUUGCUUUGUUGGCUGAUAAUAGUGCUAAUAAAAAAACCGAAACAACAAAAACACCCUCUAAGAAGGACAUUAUGUUCACUAUAUUCCGUCCAAACACAGGAUUACAGUUAAGGCAAGAGUCACUGAGUGAACUUGAAAAGAAAUAUUUUAAAGUGGAGUUAUCUAAAGCAGAAAAACACUGGAAAGAACAGUAUGAUUCAUCUGAAACUGUUUGUUCACAUGCCUAUUGGCGUGGCAACUGUAAGCUUGUUACAGUUGGUCAAGAUUGUGAAGUAGGUUUAAGACGCCGUACAUAUAAUGUUUUGUCUGGAUCAGUGUUGAGUGUAUGGAGUAGAAUAGAAAAUGUAUUAUUAGCUCGGACAGGUUCUCAUCAUAAGAUGCAAGUUGUCAGGUUAAAGACUGCAGAAGGAUUGAAAAUAGUUGGUACGUUGAUACCUAAGUCGUGCGUUGAAGCAUUAAGACAAGACCUAGGUGCAGAUGCAGAAAAGACAGAAGAACGCGUUUCUAAUUUAUAA